AUGAAUGUUAGCGGUGCCUCUGUAUCAGAUACUGUUCCAGCUCCUCAUGAGACAAGAGACAUUGUAUUACCUAAUCACGACAGUCAUGUAGCCCAGAUCGCAGUUGAUAUUGGUGGCUCAUUGGCCAAGAUUGUCUACUUUACUUCCUCUCCGGACCGGAAAGGUGGUAGACUACACUUUAAAAAGUUCGAAACUGAACAAAUGGACGAAUUUAUGGAUUUUAUUAAAAUCCUUGUCAAAGAUGCUAAAGCACGACUUCCAACUGGAACAGAGCUAGUAUUAAAGGCAACCGGAGGAGGUGCUUAUAUGUACUACGAUAGAAUGCAAGCAUCUCUGCCGGGUGUAAAUAUCCAAAAGGAAGAUGAAAUGGAAUGCCUUAUCACAGGCUUGAAUUUCUUUAUUACGGAGAUACCGUAUGAAGUAUUUAUAUACAAUGAGCAAGAAUCUGAUCCUAUGCGCUUUGAAGAAAAGACAAAGGCUAUUUAUCCUUAUUUGCUGGUUAACAUUGGCUCAGGUGUCAGUCUACUCAAGGUUACUGGUCCAAAUGAAUUUACGCGUGUGAGCGGAACUUCUCUUGGAGGAGGUACUCUUUGGGGAUUAAUGUCUUUAUUAACUGGGGCUCAAUCAUUUGACGAAAUGUUGGAAAUGUCCAAGACUGGAGAUAAUAAGAAUAUUGAUCUCUUGGUGGGCGAUAUUUACGGGAGCGACUACUCAAAGCUAGGACUCAAGGCAUCUCGUAUUGCUUCUAGUUUUGGAAAAGUAUUUAAAAAGGGCGUGAGGCACACAAAGGACAGCUUUAGUCCUAAUGACAUUGCAAAGAGUCUCCUGUUCAUGGUCAGUAAUAAUAUUGGUCAGAUUGCAUAUCUUAAUGCAGAACAACAUCACUUGGAGCGCAUUUACUUUGGUGGCUUCUUUAUUCGCGGUCAUUCGAUAACCAUGAACACUUUGUCCUACGCCAUUGACUUUUGGUCCAAAGGAAAAAUGAAGGCCUUGUUCCUUAGACAUGAAGGCCAUCUUGGGGCCACUGGUGCAGUAUGUUUUACUUUAUUUUAUUUUAUUAGCUCUAAAGACAUUGUUAAAUGA